CAGCUCCAGUAUCACGUGACCCCUAUCAGCUGACGAGCAGGCGGAAGUGCAUGAAAACAUGGCGGCUUCUCUAAGCAGACUUCCUAUAACGGACUGUCUGAAACUUUGUCACAGGGUAGUGGAUGGACUGUGCGGCCAGGAGCCUCCUCUCAGGGGAGAUUACAGUGCCACCUGGAGCCUGGAGGAGUGGCUGGAGCUUAUCAACUCGCUGACUGCCCUCUUCCGCAUGGUAGUGGGGAACAACAGCUCAGACGAAGAGGUGUUGGCUGGGCUUGCAGAUGUGGACAGUGGUCAUGCUCAGGCUUUGCUGAGUGUGCUCAGAGCCAGAGAGGAGGAGAUUCAUCACGCUCUACUGGACAGAACCAUCUCCAUCUCCUGUGCCACUUUGCAAGAUUUUGACUGGCAGCUGAAGUUGGCUCUUUCCAGUGAUAAGAUCUCGUCUCUCCACACUCCUCUACUCAGUCUCAAUCUGGAUGUGAGAGAGAAUGGACACCUUCAGCCUGUCACUGUGGAAAUGAACAGAGAGGAGUUAAACACACUCAUCAGUUCACUUGAGGCUGCUAACAAGGUGGUGCUGCAGUUAAAAUGAUGGAGACGUUGUGGACCACUGCAUGGCUCGGAACUCCAGUGACUGGAUGUCACGUUGUUAACAAGAGACUUUCAUUCAUGGUGUUUUGUGUUGAAGACAGUGACAGUCUUUUGUAAUAUAUUUGUGCACAUCAGCAGCUGGACACAUUUUUACAGUGAAAUGUGUCAUUAAUAAGUUGAAGUGAAUCCACAAAACACAUGUCGUUUACCGGGCCUUCCUUCUUUAAAUAUCAGGUGGUGAUAUGAUGGUGCAGAAAGAGACUCCGCUAACACAAGGCUUGUAUAGAACAAAGAGAACAUUAUUGUUGCAAGCCAGUAUCAGUUCAGAACCUGCAGGUGCAGAGUUUAAUCCUAGAAAACUCUGCCCCUGUUUUUCCCUAACCACACAUUUUAAAGCCUGUCUGACAUCAUCUAUGUCAUACCUAGGCUGAUGUUCUCAUGCUCUUUUUACCUUUUGAACAUACAUUUCCAAUGCAUGACAAAUUUGACAAUAGCAACCUGUUGGUCGGCUCUCCCAUACUCCAAAAAACAGGAAACACCUGGGUUCUCUCCCAUCAGAUCUAAACAUCCCUUUGUUAACUCACUUUUGAGUUUUAUUUGGAUUCUAAUUCAUUUCAUAUAUACAUGUGAUGGCCUCCAACUCAACUCCUUGGGUCCUUUGCUUGCUGUCACUGGUUGAACUCUGCUGUUACUUGAACUCUGGCUUGUUGCCCAGAUGUCAUUAUAUUCUUCAUCUGAACUCUUCCAUCAGUCAUUUGACAGACACUCAUCAUCAGGCAGUGCCUCUUCAGAAUGGGAAUGAUGCAGCAUACUGUGUAUUAUUAUUAUUAUUUCUAUCAAUUCACUGACUCCAGUUGUAGUGCUCCCCAUUUUUCACAGAUUUGGUCCAGUCAAUCCCAUGACAUCGUGUUCCCUCCAGCUUCUAACCUCACAAUUUAUUCAUGGUGACUGAAUAAAUUCCAUCAGGUGCAGUGUUAUUAGGGAUAUAAAAAUAAUAUUUGUCAACAAUCUGACAGAUCCCUCUUCUAUCUGCUAAAAUCCAAUCUAGGGUCUGUCUAUUUUGUCACACCAACUACUAGUUUAAUAAAGUUAUUCACCUAGUUGUCCAAGUG